CUGCUGUCCUUCUUCUUGCCGCAACAAUGUAUUCAGCGGUGCGCACCCACGACUACGAUUAUCCCGAAUCGGAAAUGGAUGAGCGAGAGAGUCUUUACUUUGACACGAUCUCGCUGGCCGAUUCGGAGGCAGCGGCAGCGGCGGCACAUCGCAAGUCGCUAUCGCAGUCCCGCAAUACCAUUUACCACUCGGCGGUGGAUUUGGCCGGCGAUGAGACGCGCAACAGUUUAAGGAAUGGCGCCAUCGCUACGGAUCACAUGAGGCUCGCUGGCUGGCAGCCGGGCUAUCGACAGUCGACGGCGCUGGAGCAUCUAAAUGGUGAUGCUGGUGCUGGUGCUGGUGCUGGUGGUGGUGGUGGUGCCAUUGGCGUUGAUCAUACGGACGCUGCCAUUGCUGCCCAGCUGCUGGCAUUGCAAAACGGACGCACACAUCUGCCCACCGGCAUUGGUGUCGCCGGUGGCUAUGGCUAUAGCCGAAUUGGCGCUGGUUGCGGCAGAGGCAGUGACAACGAUCAUGAGGUCUCUAAGCGCCUUUUAAGACAAAGUAGCACAGUUUCUAAUAGCGAUAAGAAAUUGCCAAUUACAUACUCCGAGUGGAAGUCGAGGACGAGUCGCUUAAAGGAUGCACGGAGCGUGGACUUUGUCUUGGCUUACAAAGGCGACGAUAGCAACACAACGCACCAGGAUGAACGUGUGAAAUUCGAGGAAUAUCUGAAGAGCGAGGGCCUAGUGCUGGAGCCCUAUAGUGGUAAAACGGUGCACUUCACCAAAAUACAUGCACCGAUGCAGGUGCUGCAGCGGUAUGCGGAAGUCCUAAAGAUCAAGAUGCCAGUCAAGGAGCCAUCCAUCGAGGAGAGCCAAAGCGUACCGAAUACCUGCGGCGGACUGUUCAGUUGGAUGCAGCUAAACAGUAAGGUGUUAACCGAGCGUAGCCAACGCAUCCACAUGGAAUUCGCACGCAAAUACCUAGAGCUGUACGAUGCGGAGCAUCCCAACUACUUUGAUGCCAGCACACGGUAUUCGAUCAUCAAUUCCAUUAUGCAGCAAAAGGACAUCGAGAAGCUCAUCGAGGAUGGGGUCUACCUCUGCGCCUAUCCGCUCCAUGACAACGACAAACGUGAUGUCCUGCUGAAGGAAUGGGCGAGCCUACGCAACUGGAAGAAAAUGCAGCCACUGGAUCACAUCAAGGAUUACUUUGGCGCCAAGGUGGCGCUCUACUACGCCUGGCUGGGCUUCUAUACGCAGAUGCUGAUACCGAUUAGCGUGCUGGGCAUAAUCUUCUUUCUGUACGGCUUCGUGACGUGGAACAGUGAUCCGAUUAGCUAUGACAUCUGCAAUGGCAACGAGACGAUCAUGUGCCCCCAGUGCGAUCGUGGCUGCAAGUUCUGGUAUCUGAACGAGACGUGCACAUCCUCGCGUUUCAACUAUCUGAUUGACAACGAGAUGACGAUGGUGUUCGCCUUUAUGUUGGCCAUCUGGGCGGUGGCCUAUUUGGAGCUGUGGAAGCGCUAUUCAGCGGGUCUGGUGCAUCGCUGGGGCCUCACCGGUUUCAAUCAUCAUGUGGAGCAUCCACGCCCCCAGUACCUGGCCAAAGUCUUAAAGUCCGACAAGUUAAAAGAUAGGAUGGUCGAUCCCAAACAUGAUCCGGAUGUGCCCUUCUGGAGCUUCAAGUUUCUGCCCAAAUUCACCAGCUACAGCAUCGUGGUGUUGUUUAUUUGCAUAUCAUUGAUCGGCGUGGCGUCCAUCAUCAUUUAUCGGAUGGCCCAGCGUGCCUCCAGCUCCAUCAUUGGCAACGAGAACUCAAUGACGUACAAGAUCAUGGUGUUACCCAUAACGGCCGGCUUUCUCGAUCUGAUUCUGAUCUCUGCGCUGGAUCUCGCCUACAGCAAGCUGGCGAUUAGGCUAACCAACUACGAAAAUUGUCGCACACAAACUGAAUACGACGAGAGUCUCACCAUCAAGAACUAUGCGUUUCAAUUCGUUAACUACUAUUCAUCGCUAUUCUAUAUUGCAUUUCUGAAGGGCAAAUUCGUUGGUUAUCCCUCCAAGUACAAUCGGAUAUUCAAUUUCCGGCAGGAGGAAUGCAAUCCCGGCGGCUGUCUCAUGGAGCUCUGCAUGCAGCUGGUGAUCAUAAUGGUGGGCAAGCAGGCGGUGAAUGCGAUCAUCGAGAUGCUUAUACCAUAUCUGAUACGUGUCUUCAAUGUCUUCAAGCAACACAACAAAGACAACAAUCAAACAACGGAGAGCAAUCAGUUAAAUGUAGAUUAUAAUUUGCUGCCAGCCGAGAAUAAUUCAUUAUAUGAGGAGUAUCUGGAGAUGGUGGUGCAGUAUGGCUUCAUCACGUUGUUUAGCUUGGCAUUUCCUUUGGCGCCGCUUUUGGCGCUGAUCAAUAACGUGAUUGAGGUGCGUCUGGAUGCCAUCAAAAUGCUCCGCUUCAUACGGCGUCCCGUGGGCAUGCGGGCUCGCAACAUUGGCGUCUGGCAAAACAUUAUGGCCGUCGUCACACACAUCUCGGUCGCCUCGAGCGCCAUGAUAAUUGCAUUUAGCUCGAACUUUAUACCGAAACUCGUUUACAAAGCCACCCACGAUGAUCCCGAUCUGAAUGGCUAUCUGAACUUUACGCUGGCCGCCUUUUAUACCAAGGACUACAAGACGCAAUCGCUGCUGGAUGUCAGCAGGGCGGCCAACGUGACGCUCUGCCACUAUAUUGAGUUUCGCAACGAUCCGUGGGAGAACGCACCCUACAAGCGGCCCAUGAUCUACUGGCAGAUCCUGAUGGCCCGCCUGGCCUUUAUAGUCAUCUAUCAAAAUAUCAUCAGCAUGCUGCAGGGCAUUUUGCGCUGGGCUGUGCCCGACGUCUCGGCCCGUCUGCUGAAGCGCAUCAAAAUCGAAAACAUGCUGCUGCGCGACAAGAUCAUCGACUAUGAGAAGCAACAGGCGCAGGCGCAAACGCAUCAGGAACAACUGCAGCAGCAACAGUUGCAACAGUUGCAACAGUUGCAGCAGCAGCAGCUGCGCCUGCGCCUCAAUGGCAACAGCGACACUGCAACAACUUUUGUCUAAGACUCAAUCGAACCAUCGAG